AUGGUAGUAGUUGGUUUAUCAGUUGCAGAGAUAGCAACGAAUAAAACAACUACUGCAAUGAAUUCGCCUCUCUCACCACCACCACCACCACUACCACUACUACCAGUCGAUCAUGCUAUCACAGCAACAACAAGCAAAACAAAUUCACUGAAAUCAAGUGAAAUUAUGUUGACGGAAAAUAAUUCAAUAAGUGGUGGUGGUGGUGGUCUCUUCGACAAUUGUCAGUCAAUAAUCAAAUAUCCGUGUAAAAGUCAAAAUAUCACUGAAUUCUAUGAUGAUGAUGAUGAUAAUGAAGGCGAUAGAUUUAUUAGGCCAGAUCUCACAGAGAUCCAGUCAUCAGUACUAGUAGCAGUAGUUGGUAAUCGAGAGAGUGACAAACACUUAACUGCCAGUUGUCAGAAUCCCUCGGCGAUCACUCACUCAUCUUCAGGUAAUUUCAAUAAAAAUGAACAAGAGGAAAUCUCUGAAGUAUCUGUCCCAUUGACAACCAGUUCUCCGCCUGGAAAACUAUUAAAUCAACAGCGUAUUAAUCAAGGUGAUGCUGAUGACAACACCAAUAAGUCAGUAAGUAGUAGAAGUAGUAAUCACCCUCAUAGACAACAGGUCAAUGACUCGAAUUUCAUCUUUGAAAUCAAUCUCCAACCUGAAUUGUGCGCCUUAAAGGGAAUUGCUUAUCAUACUGAUCAAGCAUUAACAACAGAAAUCAAUGACUCAAUAUUAUUCAAUAAACAAUUCCAGUAUGUAAACACACAACUACCAUUACAGGAUAAACAUAAAGCAAUCAAUGUUAAAGGCGUGAAAUAUAUCUCCUACGAUAAUGUAAUACACAUUAAUCAAGAUUCGGAGACAGUAUACUACGCCGCCGCCAACGGGGAACAAAUAUCACAGUUGAUUCCUGCAAUACAAAAUCCAUCAUCGAUGAAUACUCAUCACGGCAAACAAUGCCUGACAGUGAAUUUGGAGACCUCUGAACAAAUUCUAUCACCUACAUUCCAUGUUGAAAUGAAUGAAUUGCAUAGAUCACCACUACCUGGAGUGGCUCACUACUACGAGAAAUACAAUAGCACUGAUCAUCGGAUACUCGCCACAGAAGGCAUAGCCGCUAGUCAAAAACUACUCGAGAAGCGUUUGUCUGAUAUUCAUCAUCAAGGAACAGGACUGGACACGGUGCCACCAUCAGGAGUAACAACAACGACAACGAAAAUGAUGAUGAUGACGGCAGAUGGGGAAAGUGAACACAGUAAGUUACUCUGUAUGAAUCAAUUUGGAGAAGGAAUUCUCUCUGGACUAUUGACCUCACAAUUACGCUUAGCACGGAAGUGUAGUUCAUACGAAUCGGAGAAGCAGCAUGAGGAGGAGGAGGAGGCGGGGGAGGUGAUGGUGGAUAGGGAUAGUUUGGGGAAGAAAAUAAAACAAUUACAACAAAAGAUCACAAUUAUGCCUGAACAAAUUUAUCAUUGUAAAUCAAAUAUUGAAAUGGACCAUUCCAUAAAUACAUCGAUUGACUACUACUACUACAGGGUAAAAUCUACGCCUGCGACUAUUAACCAGGAUACCGUUUUCACAGAGAAAACUCAAAGAAAUGAUCACUCUGACGACGAAGAGAUCUACCAGCAGCAUGCAACAACACCGAGCAGAGAAGCAAACUUUUCACCUGAAAAGAUUAUCUAUUCUCCAAUUGAUUUCAAACAUCAAUGUCUCCUGAAUAGAGAAUCACCAGCAACAGCAGCAGUCACAUCUGAUGAUAUGCAUGAAACUGUUUUAGAGGAGUGUGAAAAUGACCAAAACACAAUCAUUCCCGCUCCUCCUCCUCCUCCUCCUCUUCUAAAUACCUACGAGUCAUUAGAACUUUCAGAAUUACAUAAAACUGACACAAAGAUGCAAGAUGUACUAGUUUCACAACAAAUUUCAUCGAAAUACGCCAAUUCAUUCCCAAUACCAACACAAGUUGAAGUUGAUGUUGUACUCGGUUCUACCACUGAAUGUGCAAACAAAGACGACGAAGUUCAUCAUCAGAGAAGAAGAAGAAGAAGACGAGGAAUAAAAGUCAUGAAAGUGAAUCAUCGAAUUAUGAUCAUUAUCAUUGUCAUAUUCCAUUGA